AAUUAGGAAUACAUGAUACCAUAUGCAGUAAACUACACGAGCUACUACCGCAGACUUGAGUAUUUCUGUAGAAGUUUCAUGUGUACCAAGAUUUUCUGUUUAUGAUUCGGCAGAUUCUAGAACUUCUGUUUCAUUUUAACGUCACCCCGCGAGAUAUCAGCGGUGCAUCAACGAAUUUAAACGCGUUAAUAAGAACUUGUAUAACAUCUAUUCUGUAUAUAUAUUUCGUUCUUACUAAGAGUGCUUACGUAAUAUGUAUCUUGGCGGGAAUAAACGCGUAUGCGCGUACAUUCGAACGAUCGAAAUGGCGUUCACGAAAUACGAUGCUGUGAAAGCGUAAUUUUCAUUGAUCUUUGAACAUACAUAUCUUUACACGUGCACGUAGUUUAUAAAUUACUUGAAAUGCUAUGUCGAUACGUUCUCUCUUUUUUUUUUGGGGUAGAUAAGGAUUACCGAUCUUGGAACCGUGUGCAGUAUUAUAUAGUUUAUUAACUGCCUAUUCAAUUCAGGUAGCGUCCUCUGGAACAAGGCAACAUUUUCCGACGAUGUCGGUAAUUUAGACUCGUACGUAGAAAAUUUCAUUGCACAGAAUGUCUUUGUUAAUUGUACGUCUGUGUUAUUGAUUGGAAGCUGCCACGAACUGAUCCUCGUUUGACAGUGCGUAAUACGUAUACGCGUUUAUAUACUGAAGGAAUUGUCAUAAUACAGACAGUUUAUACGUUAUAUUAGGCAUAUUAGAAGUGUUUUAUUCGCCAUGGGAAAUCUCUGCACGAGUUGCUGUAAACAAUCAAGUUCAUGCGACACAUUAACACCGGAUUUGGUGACCAGAAGGAUGCAGCAAAAAGAAGCAGCGGAAAGAAGAAUUGCUGAACAACAAAGUCGAGGUAUUAAAAAUAUCGAAGCGGUUAAACGUCAGCAAAGGUUAGACCAAGAACGUGAGAGACGUGAACAAGAAUCUGGUGGUUAUAAUUCGCAACCAGUGCUAAAGUGGCAAAUGAAUUAAUGAAGACCAAAUUCAGGACUCCAAGAAUCGUACGGUCUGUAAAUUCAUUUUAUGCAACGUAUAAUUAUUAUUCGAAGAGAAGUUGUACAAUUCGUGCUAAGUAUUAGGUGUCGUUUAUUAUGAAGACAGUAACAGAGCUACAAGUUUCUCCAUUUUGUGAAAUUUAAAUGUUUUUAAAAAAUGUUUAAAUUGUAUAUGUACAGUUUUACACAACAUUUUCUAUGGUAUUUGAACUAUUUAUAUUGCUUGUGUCUAGAUUUUAUACGUACACGAAUAAGAAGAAGCGAAUGUUAUUAUACGGCUAUACAGGAUACGUCUAUCGAGAAAAUGUUAUCAUUAUUAUAAGUAAAUGAUUUCAAUAUGAAUUGUGAUAGCAAUUAUUUUUGCACAUUGUUGAUUCUUAAAAGAGGUAUUUAAAAACUGUUAUUAUUUAAUAAUAUAUUAUUAACACUUUCCCGUCUCGUAACAUCAAGAUGGUGCUGUGUGUAAACUGACAGACAACUGCCAGUAGCAUCAUAUUGGUAACACGCAUUUUCUCUCACUGCUGCUACUUUCAGAUUUUUAUAUUUUUGUACACGAUCAUGUUUUUCUCAACGCUACACAUAAAUGGAUUGCAACGUGCCUUGUGGGUUUAUAGAAUAUUAUAGGUUUACAGCUGAAUUCACUCGAUAAAAAAAAAGAAUCAAGAUAUUUAUGUAUGCUUGCAUGAAAUAUGCAGACGUGGAAGUGUUGAAGGCAUUAUUUCCAUUAAUGUACUAUAUUUAUUUGGCAUAAAGUAUGCACCGAUUAAGGCAAUGAAAAUCAUGAUAGAUUAUAUAUUGUAAAAUAUAAAUUAAUGUAUAAAUAAAUUCUUUAAAAUGAAA